CUCCCACUUCCCUCCCCCCUCUUGGCGCCACUGUGGUUUCUCCCGCCGUCGCGCUCUCCGGAAGUGCCGGGGCUGUUCGUUUCCUCGCUUCGAACGGCCGCUCGUCUUUUGCCGCGAUCCAUCGGCACCGAAUUUCUUCCGUCAAGGAUCGAGAGUCUAGCAGCCAACAUGUCAAGCAAAAGAGCAAAGACAAAGACCACUAAGAAGCGCCCUCAGCGUGCUACGUCCAAUGUAUUUGCUAUGUUUGAUCAGUCACAGAUACAAGAAUUUAAAGAGGCAUUCAAUAUGAUUGAUCAAAAUAGAGAUGGUUUUAUUGACAAAGAAGAUCUGCAUGAUAUGCUUGCUUCACUUGGGAAAAAUCCAACUGAUGAAUAUCUAGAUGCCAUGAUGAAUGAGGCUCCAGGACCCAUAAACUUCACUAUGUUUCUCACAAUGUUUGGUGAAAAAUUAAAUGGUACUGAUCCAGAAGAUGUAAUCAGGAACGCCUUUGCAUGUUUUGAUGAAGAAGCAACAGGCUUCAUUCAGGAAGACUACUUGAGAGAAUUGUUGACAACAAUGGGAGACAGGUUUACAGAUGAAGAAGUUGAUGAGCUGUUCAGAGAGGCACCAAUUGAUAAAAAGGGCAAUUUCAAUUACAUUGAGUUCACACGCAUCCUGAAACAUGGAGCAAAAGACAAAGACGACUAAAACAGAACUCUUGCUUCUGCAUUGCUCUUUAGAUCUCAUGGUUAUCUUCAAGGGGGAUUUUUCCUGGUAGAACCUGUUGCAUGCAGCUAGCUUUACAGCUUUUACCUAUCUCGAUGUAUUUAUCUAUACAAGGCCAUUCUGGCACACCUUGCACCAGUUUAAUAAGGCCAGCAAUGGAAAUUGUAAUUUUGGUGAAUUUGGAGGUUGAGACCAAUGAGUUUGAAGGCCCAGGAAAAAUAAUCUCUGUUUUUCUGGUUUAGCUGGAUUUUUACAUUUUGUAAUAAUGCCAUUUUGAAAUAAGAUUGCUAUAUCAAUAAAAUACCUCAAAUGCUAAAUUGUGAAGUAUAAGAUUUUAUUAAGAGUUGAUAAUCCAAACAUCAUGAUUUCUCUAAAGAAGAAUAGGAAAAUGAUCUUAUGAAAAACGAAUAUCACUGUAUCAUUACUUCAUGUAGACUCAACUGUGUACCUAUUGUACUUUUAAUUUUUUUUCAGGAUAAAUAUCCUGCACAUAUAUUUGCUGAGUAGAUUGGCCUAGAGAACCAUGACAUUACUACUUCCAUGGAUCUUCAGUUUUUAUCUACCUUUGUUCAAUUCAUUAUUCUUACGAAGCUUUCAUGUUUUAUUUUUACGUAGAUGAGAAUUUAUAGAUCAUACUAUUCUGGAUUCAUGAACAUGAACAUGAAUCCAGAAUACUAUGAAUAUGAACAUGAACACUUUUUCUCAGUGUGUCACUGGACAAUAGAGUCAGAAAAAAUGAACUAGGCGUUUAAAAAAGCAUAAUGCUUUGAUUUCUUCCCUAGCUAGUUAUAAGUGCUUCUGUUAUACUGAUCUUUUCCCUCCUUUUCAGUAUUAGCAAUAGCUCCUCUAAGCUUCUGCUUUUGAGAAUUUUGGUAUGUGCUGAUGUCCAGCCAGGAAUGCAGAAGCACCACUUAUCUAUUCUGUUUUAUAACCUGCUUUAGAGUGCUGUUCUAUCAACUAGAACAGGGGUGUCAAACUUGCAGCAUCACGUCAUGUGAUGUAUUUGUGACUUUUUUCCCCUUUGCUAAAACAGAGGUGGACUUGGCCAGCGUGUGAUGAUCUGGUCCAUGGGCCGUGAGUUUGACACCCCUGAGCCAGAAUAAUGCACCCAAAAAUAAUUUCCAUUUUUUUCUAAGGACUGGUAUCCAUUUUAGUGACACCUUGGAACUUUUAAUAUUCACACAACCUUUUAGUCACCAGGCUUGGCAUUAAGUAUUGGCUAUAAGUUGGCUAGAAAUCACAACACCUCAAAUACUGUAUGUAAGUUUAUUGAUAAAUUGAAAAAAUACAAUUGAAAAUAUGUGGUAUACUGAUUCUCAUUUCUCAUACUUGCCUCACCUAAAUAUAUCUUAAAUAACUCCAGGGUCCUUUUGCU